UGAAUUUUUAAUUCGAAUCUAUCAAUUCAAUCGCUUUGCGAUUGUAAUUUGCAACCGCUGUUGCAAGCUAUUUGGGUUGUUUGAAGCUCACUGCUCUCUUACUCUGUCACUCUCUCUUCUCUCUCUCUCCCCCUUCCCCCUCUCCCUCCCUCUCUUCCCAUCAGAUCUCUUUUCCAUCCAAAUUUCACCCAUAUCAGGUAUAGCAUGGCAAUGGAAGUUACCCAGGUACUUCUGAAUGCUCAAUCCAUUGAUGGGACUGUACGGAAGCAAUCCGAAGAAAGUCUGCGGCAAUUUCAGGAGCAAAACCUUCCUGGUUUCUUGGUCUCACUCUCUGGAGAGUUAGCAAAUGAUGAUAAACCAGUUGAUAGCCGAAAGUUGGCAGGAUUGAUUCUAAAAAACGCACUGGAUGCCAAGGAUGAAAACAGGAAACGGGAGCUGGUUCACAGAUGGUUGUCGUUGGAUCCUGCGGUGAAGACCCAAGUCAAGUCAUGUUUGCUGCAAACACUCUCUUCUCUUGCAGCUGAUGCUCGAUCGACUGCAACUCAAGUUAUUGCCAAAAUUGCUGGAAUUGAGCUUCCUCAGAAACAGUGGCCUGAACUGAUAGGUUCACUCUUAUCAAAUAUUCAUCAAGUACCAUCUCAUGUCAAGCAAGCCACUUUGGAGACUCUUGGCUACUUAUGCGAGGAAGUCUCUCCGCAGGUUGUUGAUCAAGAUCAGGUAAAUAAAAUCCUUACUGCUGUAGUCCAAGGUAUGAAUGCAUCUGAAGGGAACAAUGAUGUUAGGCUUGCCUCUACUAGGGCAUUAUAUAAUGCCCUUGGAUUUGCUCAAGCUAAUUUUAGCAAUGAUAUGGAACGUGACUAUAUCAUGAGAGUUGUCUGUGAAGCAACUAUGUCUCCUGAGCCGAGAAUACGACAGGCUUCCUUCGAGUGUUUGGUCUCAAUUGCAGCCAUGUAUUAUGAGAAAUUGGCUCCCUACAUCCAGGAUAUAUAUAACAUCACAGCAAAGGCUAUUAGGGGUGAUGACGAACCGGUUGCUCUUCAAGCCAUUGAGUUUUGGAGUACAAUUUGUGAUGAGGAGACUGAUAUCUUGGAAGACUAUGUAGGUGAAUCCAGUGGGGACUCUGAUAUACCUUGUUUUUAUUUUAUUAAGCAAGCUCUACCUGCACUCAUCCCGCUGCUGCUGGAAACAUUACUCAAACAAGAAGAGGAUCAGGAUCUGGAUGAAGGUGCCUGGAAUAUUGCGAUGGCUGGUGGUACGUGCCUGGGUUUAGUUGCUCGUACUGUUGGAGAUGAUAUUGUGCCACUGGUAAUGCCGUUCAUUGAGGAGAAUAUUACAAAACCAGAUUGGAGACAGAGGGAGGCAGCCUCAUAUGCGUUUGGCUCUAUCUUGGAGGGGCCUUCCCCAGACAAGUUAGCACCUCUAGUUAAUCAUGCUUUACCUUUUAUGCUUAGUGCUUUAGUAAAGGAUCCAAGUAACCAUGUGAAGGACACCACUGCCUGGACCUUGGGACGAAUGUUCGAAUUUCUUCACAAUUCAAUUGUUGGUACACCAAUUAUUAAUGAAGGAAAUUGCCAACAGAUUAUUACAGUUCUCCUUCAGAGCAUGAAGGAUGUUCCCAAUGUUGCUGAGAAAGCCUGUGGUGCUCUGUAUUUUCUUGCCCAGGGUUAUGAAGAUGUGGGACCAACAUCUCCUAUAACUCCCUUUUUUCAGGAAAUUGUUCAAUCCCUUCUAGCUGUUACUCAUAGAGAGGAUGCUACAGAAUCACGAUUAAGAACUGCAGCAUAUGAAACAUUGAAUGAAGUAGUAAGAUGUUCAACAGAUGAAACAGCUCCAUUAGUGUUACAGCUAGUUACGGUCAUCAUGAUGGAGCUGCAUAAAUGUCUUGAGGCACAAAAUCUUUCAUCUGAUGAAAGAGAAAAGCAGAGUGAACUGAUUGGCCUACUUUGUGGUUGCUUGCAAGUAAUUAUUCAGAAGCUAGGGUCUUCGGAGCCCACCAAAUAUGUCUUCCUGCAGUAUGCUGAUCAGAUAAUGGGGCUUUUCUACAGGGUUUUUGCUUGCAGAAACGCCACAGCACAUGAAGAAGCCAUGCUAGCCAUUGGAGCCCUUGCCUAUGCUAUAGGCGCUGAUUUUGCCAAAUACAUGCCUGAAUUUUACAGGUUUCUGGAGAUGGACCUUCAGAAUUUUGAGGAUUAUCAAGUUUGUGCCGUCACUGUUGGUGUGGUGGGGGACUUGUGCAGGGCAUUGGAAGAUAAAAUACUGCCUUACUGUGAUGGGAUUAUGACACAGCUUCUGAAGAAUUUGUCAAGUGAUAAUUUGCACCGUUCUGUGAAGCCCCCAUUGUUCUCUUGCAUUGGUGAUAUAGCUCUUGCAAUAGGAGAAAACUUUAAUAAAUACUUGAUGUAUGCAAUGAACACACUGCAGCUUGCCUCAGAGUUGUAUGCCCACACAUCAGGUUUUGAUGAUGAAAUGACGGAGUACAUUAAUUCUUUAAGAAAUGGAAUAUUAGAGGCAUAUUCUGGGAUUUUCCAAGGGUUCAAGAAUUCAUCAAAAACCCAGCUCUUGAUUCCUUAUGCACCUCACAUCCUCCAAUUCUUGGAUAGCAUAUACAUGGAAAAAGACAUGGAUGAAGUGGUUAUGAAAACAGCAAUUGGAGUCCUUGGAGAUCUGGCUGAUACGCUAGGAAGCAAUGCAGGUUCUUUAAUUCAGCAGUCUUUGUCAAGCAAAGAAUUUUUAGAUGAAUGUUUGACCUCAGAAGAUCAUUUGAUUAAAGAAUCUGCUGAGUGGGCCAAGUUGGCUAUCAAUCGUGCUAUAUCUGUUUGAGGUUCAUCUGAGUUGCAUAUUCUUUUUCGUAAACUACCUGCAUGCAUUUGGGUGUCAAAAUGGGUCUUGGGGGAUUGCAUGAGUCAAGUUGUCACCAUGGUCAGACAACAGAAGGUAUCAGUUUGAAACUCUUCAAGUUGUCACUAACACUUGCAUCAUCACCAAUGCAUCACUGACUUUUGCAUGAGCACCAUCGAGUCCAGUUUGGUCAAGAGGAAGAAGGUAGCAAUGAGUUUGCAAAUGCGGGUGUGGGUCUUCAUGGGACACAUAAUUGGUUGCAUGGCCGAGGGGAGGCGGAAACUGAUCCAUGAUUGAAAAAUUAAGAUACCCUUUGAUGCUGAGUCUGAAGUUGGUCUUAUUAGAAGAUAAACCCAUUAUAGCCUGACAAUGGUUUUCCCAUAAACUAGCCAUGGGUUGUUAGAAUGGUGGAAUUCACAGGGUUGAACUGGUUUUUAUCAAUACCACCAAAGUGCCUUGUUUCAAAAGAAUCUCUUCCUUUUUCUGACUUUUAACACUGCAUCUAGUUUUUUUUUUUUUUUUUUUUUUUUUUCUCUUUAAGAGACAUCAUCCCAUUGUGUAUAAUUGUCCUGGUAUGUCUGUCUGUCAUCCAUAUCAUUUUUUCUCCCUCCAUACUUGUUUUUGCUAUGAUCGGGGUUUGGGUUUGUUAUUGUUUAGAGGGUGGGAUAGAAUACAUCCUCCUCGUAUUGUGCAUUUUUUUGCUCUUUUAAUGUCAGUUGGUAUUGUUAGGUCAUAAUUCAUCCCGCAUUCAUGAAAUCAUCAAACUUUUCAAUUUAUUUCUUGUGUUAGCUUUUGAAAUGCGUAUGUAAUCAUAUGUUGGCUAUACCUAUGAUUAGUUUAAAAGAUCGUCAUGUUUUCUGAUGACGACCAUAGAGUUGUGGAUUCCUUUUUCUUUUAUUGGAAGACAGUGGUAUGGGUUUAGCCCUCUGUGUAUCCGUUAUUCUCUGUUACAUACAAGUUUGGGGAUUUUCUUGCAA